UCCGCAUUUGGUUCGGUUGCUUUGACGCGUUCGUUGUUGUAGGGCUGUUGGAUCCUUACCGUAAGGCGAGAUGAAAGACAGAUUGUCCGACCUGCACGACGUCAGUGCCCGGCCUCCACACAUGGUGAUUGGGCCUGAGGUUGACCGCGUCUUUGAGGAUGAUGGCGACCUAGAGCAAAACGCCAUUGUGUUUGACAACGAGGACCUGAUGAAGACCGUCUUCAAGGAGGCCCACUCAAUGCGGAAAGAAAUCUCCCUGCUGAAAAUGGACGUGAAAAGACUCGGGAAGCAGAACACGAGGUUCCUGACGUCUGUGCGACGGAUAAGCAGUAUUAAACGAGACUCCAACGCCCUGGGGAGAGACAUUAAGGCCCGCGGUGAGUCCAUCUAUGCAAGUCUGGAGAAACUGGGGACACAGAGCAAGGAGCUGGAGGAGGAGCACGGGCCCUACUCGGCGCUUGUCCGCAUGGCGCGAGCCCAGCUCGUCUCCCUGACGUACGCCUUCAACGAGGCCAUGACCGAGUACAAUGAAGCCGAAAUGGUCCAGCGGGAGAACUGCAAGACCCGCAUCCAGCGGCAGACGGAGAUCAUGGGGAAGGAGGUUUCACGGGAGCAGAUCGAAGAGAUGAUCGAAACGGGGAAGUGGAACGUGUUCUCCGAGAACCUCCUGACCGACGGGAAGAUGGCGCGGUCAGCGCUGACAGAGAUCGAGAACCGCCACCGGGAGCUGCUAGACCUGGAGAGUCGGAUAAGGGACAUUCAUGAGCUCUUCUUUCAAAUGGCCCUGCGGGUAGAGGAGCAGGGCGCCAUGCUGGACAAUGUGGAGGCCAACGUGCUUGCCACUAUAGACUACGUGGCCAAGGGGACCAGGCAGAUUGAGAAGGCCGUGAGGUACAAGGAGAGCAACCCGUGCAAACGUCUCUUCUGCUGCUGUUUCCCCUGCUGUCGAUAGCAAGAUGCCAUCAAAUAACGCCGUUCCACCAAGGAAGGUCUCAAGCCUACGGCGUUCAGAGCGUAGCUUGCUUCAUUAAUAUGCUGUAUUUC